UUAAUUCAUUGCUAUGAAGAAAAACAAGGCAAAUACAUAUUCAUGAAAUAUUAACACGAUUCCAUUUUUAAUAGUGUUGUUCCCAGGGAAAGAUCUGAAACUGAAUAAUUAUAUCAAUGAAAAAAGUAUCAUACUAAAGUGUAGAAAAUAACAGCUGAAAUUUAUUAUAAAAAGAAUAAUCUCCACUGGAUAAGUAUUUUAAAUGUAGUCUGUAAAAACGUUUGCACCAAUGACUCCCAAUAAUAAUUAUCUAGCUUUCCCUAAUGGGAGCUACUCAUCAACUUAUGAAAGCUCUCUACUGAACAAUCAUGAUUUGUCGCAAAAUUACUCAUCGCCUACUAGCCAAAAUAUUCAUGAUUUUCUGACGAACGGCUCCAACAUCGAUCCUAAAAUCCUGCAGCAAAUUUACCAAAUCCUAAUGUAUUACAAGAUGGCGCAUAAUUUUACACAUCAAGAUGCCUCUUCUCCUGAUCAAUGGCAGAACUUACUUGUGAAUCUGAGCUCCGAACUUCAAGCCACGCAUCGGCCAUGGCACCAUUCAAGUCAUAGUUCAGUUACCCCUGAAGAAGCUUUGUACGAAGUUCCAACAGGCAUCGUUGUCUUGCUCUCAAUGUUCUACGGACUUAUUUCCCUAGUGGCAGUGAUAGGGAACGCUCUAGUUAUUUGGGUGGUGGCCACGUCUAGACUCCUGCAAUCGGUCACAAAUUAUUUCAUAGCUAACCUCGCACUCGCCGACAUCAUCAUUGCUUUGCUCUGCAUACCUUUUCAAUUCCAGGCUGCUCUGCUCCAGCGCUGGAACUUGCCGUACUUCAUGUGCGCAUUUUGUCCAUUCUUCCAAACUCUGAGCGUGAACGUGUCCAUCUUCACGCUAACAGCCAUCGCCGUGGACAGAUACCGCGCCAUUUGCUUCCCUUUCAGCGCCCGGCCAUCGAAAUUCCGAAGCAAGCAAAACCUGGACAAGGAUUUAUUCACGACGUACACGCACCUGUUGGUUGGCAUCCAGUAUUUCCUGCCGCUGUGCAUCGUCUCAUUUGCCUACUUGAAAAUCGCACGCAAAUUGUGGGGCUCCCGCACGCCUGGCAACGCUGAAGACGCGCGGGAUGCGCAUGUACUAAAGAACAAGAAAAAGGGCUACCAGGUGCUGCAAGCCAUCAUUCCGGGCAUCAAUGAGUGA